CUUAUUCUUGAGCAUUAGAGCAUAACUUCGAGUGCUAAUAAUAUCUCAAAUGGUGGCUUAUGCUUGUUAUUGCUUCUUUCUUCUUCUUCUUCUUCUUCUUCCUUUUAUUGCAAUUUGCAUUUUACUUCUUCCGUGUGGCAGAGCUACGCUUCCCAUUGAGUUAGUACUAUUGCUGACAUACCAGGUUAAGGCGCAUAUGCCAGAGGACAAUCCGUGCCAUUCUGACGAUGACCGGGGGGCAUAUACAGCAGACACUGCUAUCUUCUGUCCUUGCCUCAUCGAAUGAACCUGCUCGUGCUCAACACCGAUGUAGACCGUGCGUAUCGCAACCACGACGACCGACCGACCGACCGACCGACCCUCCGUACUACU